AUGGAUAAAUUUGUUGUUCGUGAGCCGAAAAAGGAUCCUCAUUUAGCUGUUAACAAGUCAGCAAAAGAUCGUGCUGCGCAGUAUCCUGGGGUUUUUCACGCGGACAAUGGUCUCCUUUUCUGUUCCACUUGUAAUAUUGUUUUAGAUCACUCAAUGAAGUCUGUGCUCGAUAAGCACUUGGAAUCUGUGACACAUAAGAAGAAAGUCAGCAACAGUGAUGGAAAGCAGCAAACCCUGAAAACGGCAUUUCAGUGCAAAACGAAGCCACAAGCUGAGAAGGUGAAAGUGUGUGAGGAGUGGAUUCGAGCCUGCACGCCAGCAAAUGUACCACUUCACAAGUCCGAUAGCCCGAUCAUGAGACAAUUCUUAGACACCGGGUGGUAA